AUGGAAAUCUUAAAAAUGCCGAAACUAAUGAAAACUUUGACUUGUAUUUGUCUCAUGCUUCCUCUUGUAUAUUCAUCAGACUUAUUAUUACUUGAUUCUCUAACAAUACAGGAUGCAAUAAAAGAGCAUGAAAAUAUAAUGAUAGAGUUCUAUGCUCCAUGAUGCAUUCAUUGCAAAGCAUUUGCUCCUCAUUAUGAACAGGCAGCAACUCAGCUAAAAUUGAAGGGAGAAAAUAUAGUUAUGGCAACUAUUGAUGGAACAUCUGUGCCUUCUGAACUUGCAGCUAUAUGAGAUGUCAGAAGCUACCCAUCACUUCUUUUUUUUAAAGGUGGGAAAUUCAUAGAAAAAUACAUUGGGCCGAGGGUUACCGAACAAAUAGUAGACUAUUUAAUAAGGAAAUCAAAAUCGGAAGAUAAGAAUGAUCUUUAA